AUGACAUUCUUGAUAAAUCAAACCAAAUCCCUACCCAAACCAAAUCCCCACCCAAUUAACAAUUCGUCAUUCUCAGUUUCAGAAGCGCAGAAGGCCGACGACAAAGUUUGUGGUUCGACUGUGGCUGGCAACGAUGGCAACGGCGGCUGGCAACAUGGUGGUUGUUCUGGGCGUGGCUACGUAGACGAACUUCGUGUGACGAAUGGCGCCGAUUUGGUCAUUAUGAACAGCGACGAACUGGGCUGGUUUAGGGUGAGAUUGCGGAAGGCGGUGAGGGCGAUGUCGUCUGGCAGAUGGCAGGUGGCAGUAAUUCCGACGGCGUCGGGCAGCAAAGGGUGUCGACCUGAAAAGUAUGAAAUUGGCAGUGAUUGAAAUAGUGCAGAAAUCUCUCCACGGUUUAUUGUCGCAGAUUGGAUCAAUUUAUUUUAAUGAGAGGAAUUUUAU